GGCCACAAACCAACCAUGGCACAGCUCCACAGCUAGCUCUCAAACCUUCUUAGAGCCAAGAUGGCCAAUCCCUGUGGCCCUCUAGCAGUGCAUCUGCUCAUCUGUAUCGCUUUGAUGCUGUUUGCCCACCAAGUUGCUCCAGCUCCGGUGACUCGACGCUUCAAGUGGGACGUUGAGUACAUCAUGUGGGCGCCGGACUGCCAGCAGAGCGUGAUGAUCGGGAUCAACGGUAAGUUCCCCGGGCCGACGAUCACCGCAAACGCCGGCGACGUGAUCAGCGUCGAGGUGACGAACAACCUGCACACUGAGGGGAUCGUCAUCCACUGGCAUGGAAUUAAACAGAUCGGGACACCAUGGGCUGAUGGGACCGCGUCGAUUUCCCAGUGCCCCAUCGAGUCAGGGGGGAACUUCACCUACGAGUUCCUAGUUGACAAGCCGGGAACUUUCUUCUACCACGGCCACUUCGGGAUGCAGAGGGCGGCGGGGCUCUACGGCUCGCUCAUCGUGAACGCCACGGACAAGCAGCCGGAGCCCUUCGCCGCCGAUUACGACGGCGAGCACAGCAUGCUUCUCAGCGACUGGUACCACGAGAACGUCUACGCGCAGGCGGCCGGGCUCGACGGCAAGGACAAGCACUGGCAGUGGGUCGGCGAGCCCCAGACGUUGCUCAUCAACGGGAGGGGCCAGUUCGGGUGCUCUCUGGGGAUCACCCGUGACCGCAGGGCCUGCGACAGGAGGAAGAAGGACGCGUUCUGCCCGGAGGGCGACAAGAGCGAGCGGUGCGAGAUGAUCCGGAGAAGCGAGUGCGGGCCCUUCUGCGAGGGCACCAAGUGCUCGCCGGUGGCCUUCGACGUCGAGCCGGGGAAGACGUACAGGCUCAGGAUCGCCAGCACCACCUCCCUCUCCGCUCUCAACGUGCAGGUCCAAGGUCACAAGCUCACGGUGGUGGAAGCGGACGGCAACUUCGUGGAGCCGUUCGAGGUCACCGACAUCGACAUCUACUCCGGCGAGAGCUACUCCGUGCUCCUCAAGACGGACCAGCGACCAUCAUCCUACUGGAUCUCCGUGGGCGUGAGAGGGCGAAGACCCAAGACGCAGCCGGCCCUGGCCAUCCUAAACUACACCAACAGCAAACCCGACAGCUGGCCGUCGGGCGUGACCCCGGAGACCCCGGCCUGGGACAACGUGACGCGCAGCAAGGAGUUCACGUACCGGAUCAAGGCCCGGGCCGGCACCGCCCGGCCGCCGGCGGCCGUGGACCGUCGCAUCACCAUGCUCAACACGCAGAACAGGUUCAAGGGGCACAUCAAGUGGGCCAUCAACCACGUGACCCUCUCGCUCCCGGCGACCCCCUACCUGGGCGCCUACUUCUACGGCAUCGAGGACGUGGCGUUCGACGCCACCGCCGAGUCGCCGGACACCUACGACCGGAGCUACGACAUCGAGAAGCCGCCGGACGCGCAGGCGCCAGAGGCCAUGGCCCCGACGACGGCCAGCGAUCGGGUGUUCCGGAUCGCGAGCGGCGCCGUCGUCGACGUCGUGCUCCAGAACGCGAACGCGCUGGAGGCCGGCGUCAGCGAGGUGCACCCAUGGCACCUCCACGGGCACGACUUCUGGGUGCUGGGGUACGGCGACGGCGUGUACGAGCACGAGAGGGACUCGGGGAAGCUGAACACGGCGAACCCGCCGCUGCGGAACACGGUGGUGCUGUUCCCGCACGGGUGGACGGUGCUCCGGUUCGUGGCGGACAACCCCGGGGUGUGGGCGUUCCACUGCCACAUCGAGCCGCACCUCCACUUGGGGAUGGGCGUCAUCUUCGCCGAAGGGAUGGAGAAGCUCCGGGAGCUCAACGUGCCCAGGGAGGCCGUCACGUGCGGCGCGGCCAAGAGCGUGGCGGCGCUGCCGCUCGCUCCGGCCGUCGCGCCGUCGCCGCCGUAAACGUGACGUGGAGAGAUUUGGUUGUUGCUGGUCUCUCCGAUCGAUCCUCGCAUGCCCGUUCCGGUACACUAGUACAAUGCAGUAGUGCACAGAAAUGGCAGUACAGUGUGCGCGUAUGUAUUGUAUUAGUGUUGUUGUUGUAGUUGUUGAGAACCUAUGCUUUUGGUUGCCGUGGUAAGAAGUGUGCUGUUGGAGUGAACAGUAAAGGCACUCGGUAUGUAACGAUAUAAUGUUGUUAAGAUUGUUUGACAAUAUUGUCACAUGGGAAUCAGGACAGCUUGAUGCAGA